GGGCCUGGGUGGGAGGGCUGGGGUGGCCCUACAGGUCUUGGUGUGCCAGAUCCCGUCGCUGCCUCUGCCCCCCAACUCCAGCCAUGGCUGCCCCACCGCCGUGGGCGCUUAUAGUGCGGUAAUUAGUCCGCCUCGCUCGCGCGCUACCGCGCAUGCUCCAGUUCCGGGUCACGUGACGCCUGUCAUGGCCGCCUCCGUGGCCCGGGGUGGCGUGAGUGCUGGGCUCUUGCUGCGGGUGGCCAAAGGUCGCUGGUGGAGCCGUUCUGGGGGCUUUUGGAGAUCCGGGGAGGCGGCGUCACCAGCGACCGCCAGGAAAUUCCGGGUGACAGGCUCGCGCUCGGCAGGGGAGGAAGAACCGAGCGGCCCCGAGCGGCCCGGGGACGUGGUGAACGUGGUGUUCGUAGACCGGUCGGGCCAGCGGAUCCCGGUGAGAGGCAGAGUCGGAGAUAAUGUGCUCCACCUGGCCCAGCGCCAUGGGGUGGACCUGGAAGGGGCCUGUGAGGCGUCCCUGGCCUGCUCCACCUGCCAUGUGUAUGUGAGCGAGGACCACCUGGACUUUCUGCCUUCUCCUGAUGAGAGGGAGGAUGACAUGCUGGACAUGGCCCCCCUCCUCCAGGAGAACUCCCGGCUGGGCUGCCAGAUCAUCCUGACCCCGGAGCUGGAAGGGGCCGAAUUCACCCUGCCCAAGAUCACCAGGAACUUCUACGUGGAUGGUCACGUCCCCAAGCCGCACUGAUAAUGGGCAGCUGGACCCUCCCGGACACCCGUGGCCCAAGGGCCAGGACUGGAGAAACAGCCACGUUGCCAGCCCAGCCCAGAGCGUGGACAGGCCCGAGAGAUGCCAGAAGCACCAAGAGGGCCAAAUGCUUCAGAGAGACCCCAUGUCCAGGCUCUGGUGGAGACAGGGCCCCUGCGGAGGCAGCCUCUCCAAGCCCCGGAGAACCUGCGUGUGGAAAGGGGUGGAAUCUAAUUAGAGUGACAAUAAAACCACCUUACGGAA